AUGUUUCGUGAUAUUGUACGUGAUGUUGAAGAUGCUCUGACACAGUACGGUCCCAUUGAUUCUCAUGACAACGAGGAAGCCAGAUCACGUUUCAUCUCCUCCCUUUUCAACCGCAUUGUUUGCCUGUUCAAGAGUAUCAUUGUGAACAAUCCAGAGACCCUGCUGGAGAGUGAGUUCACUAGGCGAGGCCGAAUAGAGUACCAUUUUAUCGCACUCGACUCUGUGAGCAUCAUUUUUGUCGAGGUGAAAAAAAUCUGGACAAUGGGAAAGAGCGGCCUUGAUAUGAAGGGCCAGGUUCUGGCUGAGUGUGCGGCGUGUGACUAUGCAAACUUGAAGGAGGGGCACUGGGUGCCCAUACUUGCUAUCCUUUGUGAUGGUAACAACUUCGAGUUCUUUGUAUUCGACUCUUCAGACAAGGUCAUACACUCAUCAGGCCGAAUCAUAGGUAUCAUAGCAGCUGAGCGAGGCGACCAUGCUGAUCUCCUUGCUUCCACCAAAAAAACUUGCGAGUAUCUCUUUGACUGGUUCAUCAUGGGCUACAUCAACAGCCUUCGAUCAUUUGGACAGCAGUCAUCAAAUCCAUCACGUGUGAAGAAACGAGUGUCCACUGAUCAAUGGGAAAGUGCUCUUACCGCUGCUGAUACCGCGCACUGGUUUCUAAGAGAGGCAGCCGAAGCCGCUGAAAAAGGAAAACUCGAGGAUGCCGAGACCAUGGCAAGCUGUGGUGUAGAGCAGUUGAAGCUGAGUGUUUCACAGAUCCCCCGCAAGCCACUGUAUGACAGGAAUCUUGAAUCUGUAUGGGAUGGUAGCAAGCCCCUGGAAGAGGCCUUAAGCGAUCGAAAAAUCUUCUAA